CCCUGCCUCUGCUUGGCUGCCGCUGCUCUCUCUUCCACCUGCUACCAGGAGCUCACUGCUCGGGGAUCCGGCAUCCUGCACCCGCUCUGUGCUCAGGCCCCUUUGCGCCAUGUUGCCCAACGCCACGCUGAGUCCGCUCUGCCCCAUCCUGGAGCAGAUGACCCACCUGAAGAGCCACAGCAACUCCAGCAUGCGCUACAUAGACCACGUGUCCGUGCUGCUGCACGGGCUGGCGGGGGUGCUGGGCCUGGUGGAGAACAGCCUCAUCCUCUUCCUGGUGGGCUUCCGCAUGCGCCAGACCGUGGUCACCACCUGGGUGCUACAUCUGGCGCUGUCCGAUCUGUUGGCCUCCGCCUCCCUGCCCUUCUUCACUUACUUCCUGGCCGUGGGCCACUCGUGGGAGUUGGGCACCACCUUCUGCAAGCUGCACUCCUCCGUCUUCUUCCUCAACAUGUUCGCCAGCGGCUUCCUGCUCAGCGCCAUCAGCCUGGACCGCUGUCUGCAGGUGGUGCGGCCAGUGUGGGCGCAGAACCACCGCACGGUGGCCGGGGCACACCGACUCUGCCUGGUGCUGUGGGCCCUGGCAGUGCUCAACACUGUGCCCUAUUUUGUUUUUCGCGACACCAUCCCGAGGCGUGACGGGCGCAUCAUGUGCUACUACAAUGUACUGCUCCUGAGCCCUGGGACGGAUCGCGAUGCUACAUGCAACAGGCGUCAGACGGCCCUGGCAGUCAGCAAGUUCCUGCUGGCCUUUCUGGUGCCGCUGGUCAUCAUCGCCUCCAGCCACGUGGCCGUGAGUAUGCAACUGCGCCACCGUGGCCGCCGGCGGCCUGGCCGCUUCGUGCGCCUGGUGGCGGCCGUCGUGGUGGCCUUUGCGCUCUGCUGGGGGCCCUACCACGUCUUCAGCCUGUUGGAGGCGCGGGCGCAUACGGUGCCAGCGCUGCGGCCGCUCGCCUGGCGCGGGCUGCCCUUCGUCACCAGCCUGGCCUUUUUCAACAGCGUGGUCAAUCCGUUGCUGUACGUGCUCACCUGCCCCGACGUGCUGCGCAAGCUGCGGCAGUCGCUGCGCACCGUGCUAGAGAGCGUAUUGCAGGACGACACCGACCUGGACUCGGACUCCCGCCGCCGCCGUCGCCGCGCCUCCUCCACAGCCAUCUCGGCUUACUCCUCUUCCUCCUCUUCGCUGCGCAGCCGCCUACCGUCCCCACUCUGCCCCACCUGCUCCUCUGGCUUGUGGAGGGGCGGCUGCGCAGCGACCUCGGAAAAGGACCAGGAACACUUCAGCAACUAGACGGGCCCUCUGAACUUGGCGCUGAACACCUCUGCUUAGAACCCCUGGGGCAUCGUCUUUGAAAUGUAUGACCUCCAUCCAGCAGCCUGGAAUCUGCAUUUUGAUGUCACUCAGCUGGUUGGAGACAACCUUAAAGCAGCUGUUCCUCCAACUAUGCCAGGGAGCCUUAGAUUUUGUUAGGCUUGGCAGAGCAGGCUGCAGGCCUGAGGCCAAGUGAGUCCUCCUCUGCCCAGGAAUGUUUGGGGUGCCCUGCAGGAACCAUGGGGCCUGGCCCCAGCUCACUUGCUACACACCAACAGUGGUGGACAAAGGGCUGCUGCCUCCUCCCCCCUUGUGCCUCGGAUGUGGAAAGGCCUAGUGCUAUAAAUACCUUGGGCAACCAUUUCCCUCGUGUGGUCACUCCACCGUGUGUGUCUCCCACCAGGGAGCAGUCUGUCAGACUCUCUCCCCAGAUUAAUAACCUAGGAUUCACCUGUGUUAAGGUGCAGUGUGGCUCAGCACGUAUUGGAGAGAUGGGGUUGGUUCCCCCUGUGUGUUGCUGGUCUGUGACUGCACUUAUGAGCAACAAGUUGCAAUCAUGAGCUCCUCAGACUGGGGCAGCAGAGUACCCAGGGCCUUAUCUCCCUGGAGUUCAAUGUUACCAGAUGAUGGGGGCUGCAGUUACAUGCAACCAGGGGUGC